AUGCCGCCCCCGGGCAUCAACCGGCAGCCCCUGUGGGGACCCCCGCAGCCCUACCCCUACUACAGCGGCCCUCAGAUGUCGGGCCCGUACGGCCCAAUGGCGGGCCCACCGCCGCCACACCACUGCUGUAUGAAUGCCUACAAUAAUUGCCGUCCAGUGGCCGACCAUAACUGCAACAACUGGGGCGCCGGUAGUGCCGCACAUAAUGGUGGCAACUGUUGGGCGCACCGGGAGGACACUCCCACUCCCGCCACAAACGGCGCCUCAAUUAUUGAGUCGAUAACUGAGAUCCGAAACGACGACUCCGACAACGAGUCGACCAAAUCGGCCAAAAAAGGGUCGGAUUUGCAAAAACAAGUGAAACAAAUGAAAGCCAUAAAUAAGGGCCUGAAGAACAGUCUGGAAGAGACCACCACUCAGUUGAACGAAACCCAAGAAUCUCUGCUAAAGAUUAACGAGAAGUUAGCCAUAGAUUACAUCGAGAAAUACCAGAAGAAUCUGAAGAAAUACGGCGGAUAUAUACGCGGAGAAUGCAAUCGAUUCGUACAGAACCCAACCAUCGCUGAG